UACAUGUUAAAAUUUAAGAAUAAUUAUUCUAAUUAGCAAAAAAAAAAAAUAUAUAUAAAUGUGUGUGCAACAUAUCUUUGUAUGCAAUGAAUAUAGGUUUCUUUUUUGAUCACUAUUGGUAAUUUAUAGAGAUCAUUAAUUACAGGUUAUUUACCAUCCAUAUCAAAGUGUAUAUGGUUGAGCACUUGUAUAUGUCUCAAAUAAUCCUUUGAAAUUUCUAAUAAUUUAGGCCACGUAAUAUUAUUUCAGCUCCAAUUUGUUAUGUUUUGUUUUUUGUUUUGUCUUUUUGUAUUGUAUCAUGAUUUUAUUCUGUAAUAAUUAUUGGAAGAUGCCAUUCAAUUGGAUACAAAGACAAAAACUGAAAUAUGGGCAAAAAGUGGUAUAUGCAGCCGUAACUGUAAUAGCUUCUGAUCAUUAUUUUGAAACGUGUGACAAUUUUUCAACUCCCACCCAACCUAAUCAUACAGAAAACAUAAUAUAAAUAUAAAUAACUACUAAGUCUUGCAUAGAAAGAGAGAGCACAACAUAUAAUAUCUCUUGGGAACACAUACAAUAUUUCAUACUGAUCAACUCUCCAAAACAACACAAGAGAGACUUUUAAGAACAUAUUCAAAUGGGCAGCCUUGGCGACAAUCUUUCACGAAUGGCUGGUGGGGACACCAAUAACCCGUUAUUGGACCCCGAAGAGUUUCGGCGACAAGGCCAUAUGGUAGUCGAUUUCAUUGCUGAUUAUUACAAAAAUAUCGAGAAACACCCCGUUAUGAGCCAAGUCGAGCCCGGUUAUCUCAAAACACGGCUCCCAACAUCGGCACCGUUCUAUCCAGAAUCUAUUGAGACCAUUCUAAGCGACAUCGAGAACCACAUUGUACCGGGCAUAACUCACUGGCAAAGUCCCAACUACUUUGGUUACUUCCCUUCCAGUGGCAGCAUUGCAGGCUUUCUUGGCGAAAUGCUUGCCACUGGGUUCAAUGUUGUUGGAUUCAACUGGAUGUCCUCUCCAGCUGCAACUGAGCUGGAGAGCAUUGUCAUGGAUUGGCUUGGGGAGAUGUUAAAACUCCCUAAGUCAUUUUUGUUCUCGGGAAACGGUGGAGGUGUUCUACAAGGAACCACUUGUGAGGCCAUCUUGUGUACACUCGUGGCUGCUCGUGAUCGUGCUCUCAGAAUCAUUGGAAACGAUAAUAUUGGAAAGUUGGUCGUUUACUGCUCUGAUCAAACGCAUUGCGCUUUCAAGAAAGCCUCCCAAAUUGCCGGGAUCCACCCGAACAAUUUUCGAGUCAUCCCCACAACAUUGUCAUCUUCGUUUUCCAUGUGUCCUAAGAUUUUACAAAAAACAAUAAUUGAUGAUGUUGAGGCCAAACUCGUCCCCAUUUUUCUACUAGCAACUAUCGGAACAACCUCCACUAGUGCCGUGGACCCACUCAUACCGCUAUGCAAGGUAGCAAAGAAGUAUGAAAUGUGGGUCCACGUCGAUGCAGCCUAUGCUGGAAGCAUUUGUAUUUGUCCAGAAUUCCGACACUUCAUCAAUGGAGUCGAAGGAGCUAACUCCUUCAGCUUAAAUGCCCACAAAUGGUUCUUCACAACCUUAGAUUGUUGUUGCCUUUGGGUGAAAGACCCCGCAGCAUUGACACAAUCACUGUCUACAGAUCCCGAGUAUCUGAAGAACAAGGCCACUGAAUCAAAACAAGUAGUGGACUAUAAAGAUUGGCAACUCGCUCUAAGCAGACGAUUCCGUUCUCUCAAACUAUGGCUCGUACUCCGAAGCUACGGAGUCGAGAAACUACGUGGCUUUCUUCGUAGCCAUGUCAAGAUGGCCAAGCUCUUUCAAGAGUUUGUAAUGGGUGACGAAAGGUUUGAGAUAGUGGUUCCAAUAAACUUUGCCACUGUGUGUUUCAGAAUUAAAUCCAAUAUCCCAUUGAAUACUGAGAGAAUGAAUGGUAUGAUAAGGCCUAUGGUAUCCAUAAAUGAAAUCAACAGCAAGCUCAUGGACUCUGUUAACAAUUCGGGUCGGAUCUACAUGACCCAUUCAAUUGUUGGAGGCAUCUUUUUGUUGCGUUUUGCUGUUGGUGCCAGUCUCACUGAAGAUAAACAUAUCGUUGAGGCUUGGAAUGUGAUAAAGCAACAUGCAGACGUCAUUCUCAACAACAUGAAUAAUCACAAUCAAUAAUAGUCAUUAUGUUUCUCCUAUCUUAGGGGUUGUUGUUUCCUAUUUUUUAUGAAUAAUAUAUGAGGACGUCAUUAUA